CAAUAGAAGUGUUCGUCUUAGCGAGCGCCUACUGUAACAACUGAGCUUUAUGACCGCAGCGUGUUUAACUGCCGAAUUAACGCUAGAACAAGAAAAAUGUGGGUGGUGCUCGUGUGGUUCAUCCUCAUUAGCACAAGAUCAACAGCACCAGCAGCCGCCUCUGCCUCCCCCCACGGCAAAUUCCCCUGCGCCUACGCAGACACCGUUAACAUCACGGACGGACUGCGGCUCAAGGAUGGCUCCUACUCGUACGCAGGUGUCCUGAUACCACCUGAGCUGAUGGCCGAGUACAGCUUCAAGGUGAUCGACGGCGUGGAGUACCGCGCGGAGAAGCAUUUGCGCGGCUGCGUCUGCCAGCUGAAGCCCUGCAUCACGUUCUGCUGUCCGCCGGACCUGGUCUUCAAUGCCGAGAGCUGGAACUGCACAAAGCCCAAACAGGAACGCCUGAUCAGCCACGUCGAACUGACCUACGCCAAUCUCAGCGUGGCGCAGGUGAAGAUCAGCGAGCACUUUGUGGUGCGCACCGAGCUGGGCUGCCGCAACAAGUUUGUGGACAAGAAGCACGACACCUUCUGGCAGUGGGAUCUGCAUGAGAACGGCUCGCUCCUGCGGGACGGCCGCCUCUGGAGCACGGACGAGUACUGCUUUACGCCGCUGGAGCACAAAGACGCCUGGCAGCUAACGCCACUCAACUGCGAGCGCUUCCAGCGGGGCUACAGAGUCUGGAUCUAUGCCAUCUGCAGCAUCAUUGCAAUACUCAUCAACAUCUUCGUACUCUCCCUGCUCAGCUCCAUCAACGAGGCGCGUCGCUCGCACUACGGCCAGCUGAUCAUCUACUAUCUGCUGUCGGCCAUUGGGGGCUACUGCCUGCUCGUCUAUCUGACGCUCAAGAAUCCAAUGAACCUGUCCCAUGAGGCGUGCCGCAAUAUAGGUUUCUUGGCCUACUUCUGCAUCAUGUUGUCCUUUGUCUACUUGGCCCUCUGCAGUCUCGACUUUCUGCUAAAGUUCCGCCUGAAGGCUAUCAAGAGCUGGGUGCGCACCUUGUGUUAUUUUGUAGCCAUUGGCUGCGUGGCAGCUCUGCGCUUUCUGGUCUCCUUUGCGCAGGACUCUGAUAUGCCCAAGCACUUUAAGCCAGGCAUUGGCGAGGACUACUGCUGGUUCGAUGUUCGCCUCCGGGGCAUUCUGAUCUACUACUACGUGCCCAUUGUGCUGCUGUUGAUCUUCAGCAUCGGCUGCUGUGUCAAGGCAUACUUUUCGAUAUUCGACCUGCCUGCAGACACGCAAUACAUCUUGGGCACCCAGCUGCGCAUCAUGAAGACUCAUUUCUACGCCUUCUCUGCUUACCUGGUGGGCGUGUCGUCGGUGUGGGUGCGCGAGAUGAUUGUCUAUAUCUUGGCGCGAAUGAGGGAGCACUUCUUCAUCAUCGACUUCUGGAGCGGCAUCUGCAUCUUGGUACUGGCCAUAGCGGGAUUUAUUCUGCUGCUGGGCAAGAAUAUGCACGUGAAGACCUGGUGGUCCAUCAAUGUCGAGUCGAGUCAAACGGAUCUGAGCAUAAUAAACGCGCGAGUUUACAAAUUCGACGAGAAGGGCGAUCUCAAGUCUCCGGACUCACCUUAUAGACCGACGGUGACAUCACUCUAACUGCCACGGCUUAGCUCAACUCGUGAUUCAUCCGGGCCGUUGCUCAGCUUUCUUAUGAAUCGUUCUGAAUGAUAGCAAAUAAUAUUCGCAUUAAGCACUAUUAAGACUUGUUAUACUACGAUAUAUAUUUUUAUAUGCAUAUACACAUGCCUCCAAUACGCAUCUGGGCAACACAGUUACAGUUAAUGAUUAAAGAAAAGUUUAUGUUCUGGAA